AUGUAUUUUAGGCAUAAAAUGUCAGAGGCUUCUCAUGAAAAUGAGUUACUAAUGGAGGAAGUGUGUGAUGUUCCAGAAUUAAUUGAAGAUGUAUCUCUUGGUAAACCUCUAUCUUUAGUAAAGGACAGAAAUUCGGACAUAUCCCCAGACAUCCAACUUAUUGAUGUAAUAAACUCAAGAAAACGAAAUCACGAAGAUGUGGAGAUGAUGUCUACAGAUGGAGAUGCUACCAAGGAAAAGACACGUAGUAAAAAACAGAAGUCGACUAAUUUUGAAGUGCGCAAAAUAGCGGUGCCACCCCAUCGUUACUCACCGUUAAAAGAGCACUGGAUGAAGAUUGUUAUUCCAGUUGUUAAGCAGUUGCAUCUUCAACUGAGGUUCAAUCUAAAAUCACGAAAUGUCGAGAUCCGCGCAUCUCAAGAAACUGAUGACCCUACAUCUUUACAAAAGGCCGAAGAUUUUGUGCGUGCUUUCGUUUUGGGUUUUGAUGUUGAUGAUGCAUUAGCACUUAUCAGGCUGGAUCAUUUAUUUUUAGAAAGUUUUGAAAUCAAUGAUGUUAAGCCUCUGAAAGGAGAACAUUUGUCACGCGCUAUUGGCCGAAUUGCUGGUAAAGAUGGGCGUACAAAGUUCACAAUUGAAAACAUAACUAAGACGCGUAUCGUUCUUGCUGAUAGUAAAAUUCAUCUUCUUGGAGCCUAUCAGAAUAUCCGAAUAGCUAGGAACGCAAUCUCUUCUUUGAUCAUGGGAAGCCCACCGUCGAAAGUAUACGGUAAUCUGAGAAAUCUUGCUAGCCGAGCAAGCGAACGUUUGUAG